UCGUGACUUCGCGCGAUUCAACUUGUACUGUCCACUAGAGCGGCCACGUUACGUACAUAUGUACAUACAUAGAACUUUUAAUUAAUUGAUUUUCGUUUUUUUCAACUUGACGCUAUUUAAGUACAUAUUUUGAUUCGUGCGUGCGUGAUUUGUGUACUCUGUGCGAACCAGAACGUGAGAGCCGCCGCUGAUUAUCACAUACAAAGCGGCAGAAGGAGGCAUUCCAUUGGUGUUGUAACUUCAAUACGCACACACACACACACAGACAAUUGUUAUGCGCUUCAUAGAUCGGUGCACGCCAAUGAGCUCAGAUAAUUAGUACUUUUCGUAAAAAACUCAUACGUACACUACUGCACACACACACAGCAGCGUCUAAAGUCACAUACAUAUACACACACAUGCAUAAGUAGGUGCAUACAAAUGUAUGUGCAAGGUUUGAUGAGAACCUGACAAAACGGGCCAAAACGAUUACACAGUCGGCACAAUAUGGAAGUGCAUGACGACAGGCCAGUGAGUGUCUACGACAAUUUGAAAACGCCGCCGCCCAGCAUACAGACUAGCACACCGAAAGUAGUAAAAAGUGAUAAGACGGUGCCGACAUCAACUAAAUCGCCUUUACCAACAUCAACAACAACAGAAGCAGCAGCAGCAGCAGCACCGACUGGAACUAUCACAGCCAAUAGAGCAACCAGCUCACCCAUUUACACCGAUAUUUCAUUCAAGUUUAAUGAGACUAAACAACUGAAAACAAAUCAAGAGUCACAACAACCGUUUUUGCAGCAGCAGCAACAACAACUGCAAUCAACACCUCAGCAGCAAACGCUUCCGUGCGCGAGUCAACAAUACCCACCACAGCCGGCACUGCAACCGGUGGCGUCAAACAUCACUGACCAAACAACACCAACAACACUGCAGUUUGCAGCGAAUACAACGCCACCAUCGAAUAGCGACAGCUCAAUACAAGCGCAGGCGAACCCGUUAAUUACAAUGCCAACAUUGGCGCCAAUAAGAGCUGAUGUAACGGCGACAGCUACGCCAACUGCUGCGUCGACGACAGCCACGACAGCGGCUCGGAAUGCAACUCCAACACAAAGACCGCUUAGUCAACAUUCACAAUCGGAGCAUUACGAAGCCAGUCAGAGUAUAGCCGCGGUGAAAGCAGCACUGAAUGAUGCUAAAUCGAAAUUUUUCGGUUUAAAUGGUUACGCUCAAGACCAUCAGCACAACGCGCCACAAACUAAUAUCGACAACCUAAUGCAUUCUCCCAAUCCGAACAAUAGUAACGAAUCCCGGCUAAAGCAACAAACAGCCAUACCACGCCUACUCAUCGACAAUCAAUAUCCUAAAGUACAAAUCGUGACUACAGCCCCCACACCGCCACCAAAGUCUCCACCCAAAUAUCAGAACAUACCGGAAAAUAGCGCCAUAUUCCGUAAUAGCAAAGCAACGCCACCUGAACGGCCGCCAAAGCCAGUGGAAGCGAUUGCAACGCCGUCAAGAAUGACCGUCACCACUCUGCCCACCCAGCCUGAUGGCAUCGUGUCCACAUCACCCAACUCUGCAGUGUUCUCUUCAAACUCGGCGCAUUCGAAUACCCCAUCGCCAUCGCCGACGUCACCACUGGAUGGAGCCAAGAUUUCGUUGUCACAUUCACAUGCCGCAUACAAACCCAUACCGCUAAAUGAUAUUGAUAUUACGCAGCCAUCACAAGCCGUCUACAUGUCCACCACAGUACCGCAGAAUAUAAAAGGUAGUAAAAUCGCCGGCAGACAUACUCCAACAAGAAAUAGUUUAAGGCACAGUCGCAUGCUAGUUGUAAAUAAUAAAACAUAUCCAGCCACUCAGCAUCCGAAUCCAAUGAAUUUUAAAUAUCCGAAUCUUGCCCGCUGGUUGCUCAUACUGGAGAUAAUAGUUGGUCUACUAAUAUCAUUCCUAGCAAUUUGGAUAUUCUGCUUGGCGCCAAAUACGGCCAUACAAUAUAAUCCCUACUGGAGCGGCUUAGUGCUUCUACUCGCUGGCAUUCUUGGACUUGUGCUUGUACGCUAUCAGCGUAUUAAACGUCACAAAGUACGCGAGAAUUGUUUCAAAUUUUUGCGCGCCAACUCAUAUUUGCUAGCACUCUUGGCCAUUCUGCUCUGCUGUGUGGCCCUAUUCUGCGCUGCCUUGCACUAUGCGCGUCUUUGCGCCGACGAUACGCGCUGCGCACCAACAAACAUACUGGAGGAGUUGGGAUCCUGCACAUGCACCUUCAAUGUGGACGACGAAGUGACGGCAUCGGCAACGAAUAGUAGUGCGGCGCAAGUGGCGAAUGGAUUGCUGGACGAAGAAGUCGUGCCGGAAGUAUUCAACGAUCAAAGUUACAAAGUGGAAUAUCGGGAUCUAAGCUGUAAAGAAGUACGCGGCGAAUGGAUAACCAUCCUCGUAUUGUCCACUGCGCUGAACUCGAUUGGCUUUGUGCUGGCGUGCGGCUAUGCUGUGCUGCUCUUUUGUUGUCGACACGGCGAGCAGCGUCCGUUCUAUUCAUCCGUCCAAACUACAAGUACCUUUUAACGGAGGUGCAAAUACACACCCACACACCUACACACACGCACAUACCUGUAGUAUUUUUAACCGUAGACCUGCAAACAUAUGUACAUGCGAUACAUAUUUAUAGAUAUUUUACUUAUAAAUAGUUUUAUGAUUUGUAAUUUUUUUUGUUUUGAUUUUGAUUUUGUUUUCGUUUUAAAGUUGAAACAAUUUUAGAUAUACAUACUUACAAAUGUAUAUGUACAGUUACAUAGGACAGUGGCGCUUUGUACUUAAUUCGCUUUUAAAAAAAUAAGUUUUAACACUCUUAACUUUCACUUUGUAAUGGUAAGACAGUAGUUUUGCAUUAUUUGUAAAAUUCACUUAUUUAUUUCAAUAUGACAUACAAACAUAUUUAUUAAAAAUCUGAAAUAAUACACUUACGGUUAUAAAAAUAAUUACUUCUGCAUACAAUAUUUUAUAUGCAGUUCGAUAUAUAUUUUAAAAAUUAAUAUUGUAAUUGCUGCUAAAACUACCUUGACUUUAAUACAAAAUAUUUCAAUUUGUUUCUUACUUGAUAUACAUACAUACACACACAUGUACGUGUGUAGUUAAAAUGUAAAAAAAAACGCAAUUGUAAAUUUUCGAAGACAACAGCUCACAUACAAAUUCAUGUAUGUACAUAUGUAUUUUUUUGUUUUUGUUGUUGCAAUGCAAUGCGUGGCAAGUACAAUACGAUACCAACCAUUUUGAUAUUAUAAAACUAAAGUUAAAAAAAUGCAAAUUCAAAUGCUCAAUAAACUGAAAAUGAUGCGCAGAUACUAA